CAUUAUCAACAUGACCGUGAGAGAUGAGUAGGGAUUCUUUACGGUCGGCUACCUAAAACUGGUGGACGAUCAUCUCACGACAGAGGCAAUAGCACAGCUUUAACAUGCAGAGAUGUAGCCUACAACAACAUCAUUAGAGUCAUAUUACAUAGCCAUAAAACAUGAUAUGAAAUACAUUGCAAUAUUCUGAUUAUUUGUCAAAGAAACAGAAGACAGAGCGCGACAAACGGACCUGCAAAAGAAUGUAGCUGGGAAUCUCCGGGACUGGCACGAGGCAAUGACUGUCACUGAACUGUUCUCCAUCACCAUCAGGGAGCCAGGUGGCAGCAUGAGAACACAUCACGGCUGAGAGGUCACCAACAUGGAGACUGACAGCUACACCCCGACCCCGGUCCCCAGCAACUGGGCUGGGAUGGUGGUGAGUGUCGGGGCCCUGGAGGCGGUCUCAGGGGGGAGUGUCUCCUCCAGCACAGCCUGGUACAUGCCCUACUCCCUGGGCUUCCAGGUGUCCCUGACUGCCUUCCUUAUGCUGGAGCUGGUGCUGGGCUUCAGCAGCAACAUGACGGUGCUGGUGCUCUACUGCUCUCAGUCCAACCUGGUCGACUCCGUCAGCAACAUGGUCACGGUCAACCUGCAUGUGCUGGAUGUGGUGUUGUGCGUGCUGUGUCUGCCUCUGACCCUGGUAGUGGUGCUGAUACCUCCAGGGCCAAACCUGGCCCUGCUCUGCUGCUUCCACGAGGCCUGUGUCACCUUUGCCUCCAUCUCUACUGCCAUUAAUGUGCUGGUCAUUAGUGUGGACCGCUACGACAUCUCCGUCCGACCCGCCAACCGUUUGCUCACCCCGCGGAGGGCAGGGCUGUUGCUGACUGCUGUCUGGGCCACGUCUCUGGCCGUCUUCUUCAUCCCUUUCCUGGAGGUGGAGUUUCUCACAGGAGGGUCGGAGAAUGAGAAGCACAUCCCCGCCUCAUCCUCCUCCGCCGCCACCACCUUGGCGCCAGUGUGGAGUAACCGGACGCUGCUGUGUGUGGGCGGCCAGGGCUACCACACAGGCUUGGCCAUGUACUACCACCUCCUGCUGCAGGUGCCCAUCUUCUUUACCACGGUGGCAGUCAUGCUGUUCACAUACUCACGGAUCCUGCGGGCCUUGAACAUUCGCAUCGGCUCCCAUAUUAAGAACAGCCAGCGCUUCAGGCGCCCACACUGUAGGGGGGGCCGUAAGAGACAGAAGGCAGGGCUGGGAGUGAUAGAGGGAGGAGAGCAGUGUACAGACACAAGCAAGCCGCUCUCUCACCCUCCCUGCAUCCCCCCCAUCUCCACAGCCACCUCCCCCCCAGCCCUGUCCUCAGACCCUCUGGUCAGCUUAGAAGGUCCUGCCGCUGCUGCCCCUGUCCCCGGUCCCACUGUCCAGGCAUCUGUGUCGGCCAUCAUCGCACUGCGGCGGGCUGUGAGGCGUCACCGGGACCGACGGGAGCGCCAGCGGCGCGUCUUCAGGAUGUCCCUCCUCAUCAUCUCCACCUUCCUGGGCUGCUGGGCUCCUCUGUCCAUGGCCAAUUUGCUGAUCCUGGGCCUGGGCCCCAGCGACACCCUGGUCAGCAUGCGCCUGUGGUUUCUGGCCCUGGCCUACGGCACCACAGUCUCCCACCCAUUGCUCUAUGCCUUCACGAGGCAGAAGCUGCGGCGUGCCCUCAGGGCCAAGGUAAAGAAGCGGGUGGUGUCCCUGCUGCAGUUGGACCCCUCGCCAGGAGGGACAGUCAUACACAACUCCUGGGUGAAGCCAAGGAAGGGAUGUCAGAUACGGCUGGAGGGCAGCGACGCCACUGGCCGUUGCCUGGCAGAGCCCCUGUGAGAACAGCACAGACUGAGUGUGUGUAUAACACUACUGACAGACCUGCUCGUUAUACAGGUCUGUGUGAAGGUAAUUGACUCUUCACUAAGCCCCGCCCUCUUAGUUAUUGUUCCUGCUCGUCAAGAUUUUCCCAGGAAGCCAAAUUCCUCAUUCCAAACCACUGGAGAAAACCCAUCACAAUGAUCUCAAACUGUGUUUUUUAUACACAAUUAAAUGAAACAGGCUACCCCUUGCUGAUUAGGAGACUCUCGGGUACAUUGUGGUGGACUCAUCACAAUCGCUUUACAGGAACCUGAUAAAAAUUAAGCUUUUAGUCUGGCUAGCCACUGCCAUGACUCAGCAUGCAGUCAGCUACCACUUUUGGACAGUAGUGUACCCAAUUGUCGUACAUGAGUAAAAGUAAAGAUACCUUCAUAGAAAAUUACUCAAGUAAAAGUCACCCAGUAAAAUACUACUUGAGUAGAAGUGUAAAAGUAUGUGGUCUUAAAUAUACUUGAGUAUCAAAAGUAAAAGUAUAAAUAAUUUCAUAUUCCUUUUUAUUAAGUAAACCAGGCAGCACAAUUGUCUUGUUUUUUAUUUAUUUACAGAUAACUGGGGCACACUCCAACACUUAAAUACAUAAUUUACAAACUAAGCAUUUGUGUUUAGUGAGUCCGCCAGAUCAGAGGCAAUAUGGGAUGUUCUUUUGAUAAGUGUGUGAAUUGGACCAUUUUCCUGUCCUGCUAAGCAUUUGAAAUAUAAUGAGUACGUUUUGGUGUCAGGGAAAAUGUAUGCAGUAAAAAGUACAUCAUUUUCUUUAUGAAUGUAAUGUAGUAAAAGUCAAAGUUGUCAAACUAUAAAUAGCAAAGUACAGAUACCCCCCAAAAAACUGCUUAAGUAGUAUUUUAAAAUAUUUUUACUUAAGGACUUUACAACAAUGCUUUUGGAGCUAACUAGUUCUCCCGAUCGUAUCCUGAUGUCGACAGCAGAUGAGAGUUGUACUCAUAAUAGGCCUAUAGAUAAUUUAUCUAGCUGACAUGCAUUUGGAGAAAACAAGUUAUAUUAACUGGCUAGCUAGCUAGUGUUAGCAACGUUUUUUAAUGGUGGCCAAUGAGACAGAGCUAGCUAGUAAACAAUACAGCAAAAGUAUAAUUUUGGAUUUGAAAAAUACUCCCAACAGGCUCUGCCUUUCAGGAAUCACAGUAGCAAGUACCCCUAGUGCACUGUUCAAUUAUUUAGCCAUUUAAACAAUUAAUUUUGUGAGCAAAUCUCUGAUUUUUCCACUGCCCUCAUUGGCUUCCAUGCGUUUGAAAUGAAAACUUGUCUGUGGAUGUUGGACACACGCUUGGUUGGAGACCAAUGGUGCAUUCAUGACAAGUCAAACUCGAAACCCCCAAGUUAAAAUGAACAACCCUAACUUCUGAUUAGGGUUGCAAAGGGAGGGUAUAUUACUGGAAGCUAAGUUUACCAGUAAACUACCAGAAUUUUGAUAUCUUUCAAGUAUUUUAUGUAAUCUAUCACAAGACAUCUAGUGGCCCUUUUGGGUACUUCAGAUUUGUAAAGGUGUCUAUAAUUAUGUCUGGCCCUCUGUGUGGCCUUAUCACAUGAGGACCAUGAAAUAAGAUGAUUUAAAUAAAACAAUUACUGACACAGCUGUUAAUCAUUAUCCUUAAUAUAAACCAUCAACUUAGUGAAUACCAUUGGUGUUUAAUAUGAGAGUUUCAGUAUGAAAUGUACACUUAUUUUACUAUGAAAGUAUGUAUUUGUUUUCAAUGUUUUUGGAUCAAAUUGGUGGCAGAUGUGAAAAAGGUAAAGAAGAGUUUCAGAGUUAAUUCAAAAUAAUGCCAUUGUUGAUUUGAUGCUUUUUUAAAUGAAUUAGGCUAUUUUGUCUUGACAUUUCUUUAAUUAUGAAAUGUAUUCAUGUAUAUUAUUAUUUUUGUAUGUAUCUGUGUCCAUAUUGUCCAUGAGUUUCUACUAGAUAGACUAUCUACUGGAAACUCAUGAACAAUAUGGACACAAAUAUGAAAAAGGAACGCUAUAUAUAUCAAUAAAAAAAUUGUUCAAGAAUACAUUACCGAAGUUACAAUAGAUUGCCAUAGAUUUUCUGUUAAUUACUGAAGAUUCCAGUACUUUGGUAAUCUACGAGUAGCUUUGCAACCCUAAUUCUGUUACUUUCCAAGUGGGAAACUCGGUCCUCAUCUUUCUAUAAUAAGUUUCCAUGUCGUAAAUUUCAGACUUCCCGAGUUCCAAGUAGUCUUAAAUGCACCAUAAGGCCCCUAGGUUCCGGUCUAUUCCCAGAGAACUUUAUUUUUAUAUAUUAAAUACUGUACAUGUAGACUGCUUAGUUAUUGCAGUUGAACUGAAGUCUGGCCAAGACAAUUCCCAUGGACGGCCCCAUAGAGAAGUCAAAUUUGAAAAUUCCUUUAGUCAUCACCUUUGUACAAAAAAACAUCCAUUGAAUUAUUAUUAUUAUUGUCACUGAGGUCGAUUUAUUUUUCUAUCACUCACAUGCGAAGAUAUUAACAUUUUGCUUUCAUUCUCUGACAUCAAGAACCAGCUGUCCAGGGGGAAGAGCCUGUUGGUUUGUUUACCUGAUACCGCCAAAUAUUUUUAUAACUAACCCAAGAUAGACCACAACCUGUCGUUUACAAUGGGAACAAAUGAAUCGUAGUGGGCAGAACAAGCAAGGAGUUGGGCAGAUCCUAUUGGCGCGUUCUAGCAAACCUUUGCAUAUUUCAGUUAUUGAACAACUACUCUGAAGUGUGCAUGUGCAAUAAUUAGUUUUUACGUUCUUCCAAACAAUGCGAUGUUUUACCACUCUGGCAAAGGGUAAAGUCUACAACACUUUGUCCGCUCUGUUGAUAACAGAUUUUACUUUUGGGAAUUGUAGUGAGAUCAAAUAUUUAAUUGAUGAGAACAUUUCAGACAAAAUUAUUCUCGUUCCCUCUUCUCCCACUGCCGGCCACUGGGCUUCCAAUAUCACGAUUUGGUAGUGAGUGGAAACGCUAAGCGGAUGCUUCACAUUUAUACAUUCGGUGAAGUAUCUGUCUCAUUGUUCUGUGAUACUGCUGUUUGUCCAGUGCGCACUAAGUGGUAGUGCGCAGGCAUAGUCAUUCUGCUAAAUGCCGAUGUAGAAAGAUGGCAACAGCCACAAAACUGCGAUUGUAAAGAUUAUGUUGAAAACCACGGUCGUCCAAUUUGGACGCUGUUUCCAUUCCAUAUAUACCAGAAAUACUUUAAGAAAUGAGAUGGGAACCUCAAUGGCCAAUGAAUGGAGGAACGUAAAGGCCCCGCUCAGCAGACUUUUGAUCAAUUGAGUUCACGUUGUCAGGCCACGCAAUCCCUUCUAAAGGUAAUGAUAUGAGUCGAGAAACCUUCCCAUUUUCCUGAAAAGUACCAAAUGUCCCGAUUUGAAAGCUAUAUGGUUAUUAUCUCCCAUCUUGGAAAAUAUGUAUAAAUGUUGUGUUUUUAUUAGCUUGCACCCAAUUGACUCCCAUCCACUCCAUGUCCCACUCAAUGUCCCACUCCCAACAUCGCUCAGAAUGCACCGCGCGGCCCCUUGACAACGUACGGGCAAUGUACACAAUAGGUGUUAAUAUACGAAUUGAAUGGAUUUUUCCAUCUCAUUUCUUAAAGUAUUUCUCAGGUAUACCUCAACGUUAGAGACCGUUCCUAUUCAACGGAGCACUGCAAUUGUUGCCAAAAAAUCUGGGGCGAGGCUAAGGGAAUGUCAGUAAUACACUGUAGCAUCCACCUCGGGGACAUAGUACAAUAUAACCACCAGCAAACCAGUGCUGGAUUUCAGAAACACAACUUGCAGCACUAUAGUCCAACCAUGUUGUUGCAUCUCUGUGUCCUUAGCCACCUUACUCUGCCUCCAAUACUAAUAAAUUAUUUGUUAGAACAAACAAAGCAUAAAAGACAAGAUAAUAACAGGUCAAACAUUGGUCAUCUUUAAUAUACUAAAGUGUCUGUUUACAAAUGGAAACAUAUAUGGUAUAACAUUGAGUACACUCCCUCGAUGCUUAUGUAACUUCUGUACAGUAUGAGUCUAUUUAGCCAGCAGAGGAUCAGAAUGCCACCCACUCAAGCAUUCGAAGGCAGCUUCCAACACAAAAACAUUGACACUCAUAGAUACACAAAUACAGAUCCUUUGGAUCUGCUAAAUGUUACCGAUGCCUUAAUUCUAUUAAGAAUGAUUCAUUGAUUCUGAAUGAGAAUAUUAGUACAUGUGUAUAUCCUUCCUGAUAUAAGUCUUAACUAUACUCUUAGAAAAAAGGUUUCAAAAGGGUUCUUCGGUUGUCACUAUAGGAUACCCCUUUUGGGUUCCAGGAAUAACUUUUUGGGGUUCCAUGUAUACCUAUUUUGGGUUCCAUGUAGAACCCUCUGAGUAAAAGAGUUUAAGGGUUCUCCUAUGGGGACAGCCGAAGAAGAACUUCUCGGUUCUUGAUAGCACAUUUUUUUUUUCUCUAAGAUUGUAUAUUGUGAACACUAUCAACAAUUCAUAUGUAAAUAGAG